GAUCUAUUUAGCCUCGUGACUAGUUUUGCGUAUGUUGGUGAGUCUUUCCCGCCAUUGCGCGAGUAAGCAGUACAAGGCGGUUACGAAAUUUUCGUUCUGAUCAGCUGUAAUAUUGUCAAAGUUUCCAUGGCUUUCUACGCGAAGACCUUGGAAAAUAUAUCGAAUAUUCCUGCAACGGAUUACAGGCAGCGAGAAAGAAAUCUGUCAGAGUGUACGGGCAGCGUUGCUUCUGCAGCUAACGUGUAUGUAAGUGCACCAGUCACAACAUGUCAACCUGGUAGCACAGGUUCAAUCAAUCUGCCAACAUUGGCUCCUAUUCAAGGAAAUGAAAUUUUGGUAAAUGUUAGUGAUGACUUGGACAUCGAUCCAGUGAUGGGAGGAGCAGUUUACGGUCAACGAGAGCAAGAUCGGAAAGUAAAGAGAGAGAUUGCUAACAGCAACGAGAGAAGGAGAAUGCAAAGCAUCAAUGCUGGGUUCAAAUCUUUGAAAACAAUUCUUCCACAUACAGAUGGUGAUAAACUAAGCAAGGCUGCAAUACUUCAACAAACUGCUGAAUAUAUUCUACAACUUGAGUCAGACAAGCUACGUUUAUUAAAUCAAAAUGAAAAGUUAAGGAGAGCUUACUCUGAAUGCAUGUGUACAGCAAGCAAGCAUAAAACACUGCUGUAUGAAACACUUGAAAAGGAUGAAGGAAUAGGAAGUCCUCGUGAAGAAGACAUGGAGGAUGUACGGAGGGAUGCGAUUGAGGUCCGGCAGCAACUUGAUAAAGAGAGGAGACUUCGGAUGUUGCUGGAGGAUCAGGUUCGAGAUUUAGAAGCUCAAAUUUAUCCCGAGAAACUUCGAGAACUGGUAAACUCAGUUUCAACACAACAACAACAACAACAACAUCGACCAAGUAAGAGAGUUGAUGAUAUUGGCGGGCAAAUGGAAGCAGAAGAGAAAGGAAUCAUUCUUCCACAACUUAAAAUCAAUGUGGCUUCAAACAGGCAGAAUGUAGUUUGUCCAAAUGAUAGCACAGUUACAACUACUGUCCUCACAUCCCCACCAAGGUUACAAUCACCCAUUCGCUACCAAGUCCAUCCAAAACUACCACCCCUCCAAACAGCAGUGGAAACCGUUCCAUAUGCAGGUCUAUGUGUUACUGUUGAUAACACUGAAGAAACAUUAACUCCAACACAGUCUCAGAGCAACAACUACUGCGGUAGCCUCCCCAGAUCUCGCCAACCUUUGAAAAAACGUGCCGUGGAAUUAACGGAAUCUGACCAAUCUGCUCCAUGUAAAGUAGCCAAGGUUACAACUCAAGCUCCCACCUCAAAACCAAUCCAACCAAUUUCCUCUAAUAAACCUAUGAAAAUGGUCGCUGUGAAAACUCCUGACAGCCAGAACUUACCCAUUCCAAAGCCUGACCCUCAAAUCCUUUACCCCAACCCCCCAUGUGUUCCACCUACGUACAUGAAUCUAAACCCACACCCAAACAACCAGGCGUGGUCGGAACAGAAGACCCCACAAGUGAUGGCGACUCCAACACAAACUAACUUUCACAUCACAGUGGCGAGCAAACCCCAGAUCCCCAGCACGCAGUAUGUGGUUCAACCUGCCAUACAAAUGGUUCAUCCACCAAAGGAAAUGACAUUAAACCAACUAAACAAUGUUUCUUCGCUCUCUAUGACUUUAACGCAGUUAAACGCGCUCUCGACAGCGUGCACGAGGCCUAACCUACCUUCCCACAAUGCAGUACCUGCAACUCGUGUCCAAGCUCAAUACCUCCCACUUGUGGCUAUGGACACAGUACUCGGACGUCGCAGCGAGCGGCGUAUCUCUAGCGCCACCACUGACAGUGUGGUGAGCGAUGAGGAGAAACACGAGUUGUUGGAAGAUCCUCAAAACGAAGAUAACAUUCCUACUAUUAAGGUACCGUGUACAACAACCCACUGUAAAUAUUCGGAUAAUUGCCAAAGCCUAGCCUACAACUGCGCGUUGUAUGUGUACCGCACUCUAACCCACUGAAACAAUAGAUGUAAUAGACAUGUCUAAACUUGGUGUUUUAUAUAGUAGGGUGGUGAAGAUGUGGGACACCAUGUAUUUCAUUUUCUCAUCCCAUUUGCAAGUUAACAAAGAACAUUAAAAAAAUUAUAAAACUGUAUUCUUACAACUCCCAUAGGCCGUUGUUAUUGUUUAAAACACGAUCAGGAUAUUAUGAGCUUAAGGUGCCUUAUCUUACCCCACCAAACUAUAUCAUUAUUUCUUUCCACAGCUACCUGCAGUUGUUGGACGAAGCAGGUCAGACCCAGGUCCUGCCCUAACAGUUGAAAACCACCCUGAUAUCCCAUGUAGUGGUUCAUCUACUGCCACUGUAUCUGUUCUUUCAAGUGGUCCAGGUUCCCCCCCAGUUAUUCGACAUAUUGAUGCAGUUGCAACGCGUAGGAACUUGGAAACUAUUGUUCAGGCAAUUGAUCAUCUUGAACAACAAGCACGACGUAAUUCUCAAGACCAACAACCAACAGAAGAAUCCACAAACACUUAGCACACAUUGCUUCAAUGCUACUGAUAAUCAAGCAGUAACUUGUGUGCCGAUGUAACAUCUGUAUAUCGGAUGUGUCUUGCGUAGAUUGCGUAUGAAAUAUAAAUCGUAUGCCAACAA